CCAUUGUUCAACAGAAUAAAAAAUCCCAAAUUUUCCCAACCGCGGGGAACGGGCCGGAGAGAAGAGAAAGAUAAGUGAAAAGGGCGGCCAACAACAUUUUCCCUCCCGGGCACACACCCACUCCCGCAAAACAAACCAAACCCAAAGCAGCCCCUCGCUCACCGGUGGUCCUCUUUCUCUGGCCAACUCCGAUCUUUUUUUAUCGCCCAUCUUCCCCCUCUUCCCCCUCUUCACCCCCCCAUUCUUCUCAUUCAUCCAUCACAACUUCCCUUUAUUUCAAUCCUUCCCAUUCUCUUCUUCAUCUUGGCAGUGUAGAUAGAGAACACCUUCAAAAUGGCCGCUAGCAACUCUCUCGACCAUUUGAGCAACCGUAUGAAGCUGGAGUGGCACUCCAAGCUGAACACGGAGAUGGUGCCCGCGAAAAACUUCCGCCGCACCUCUAUCAUUGGUACUAUUGGUCCCAAGACUAACUCGGUGGAGAAGAUCAACGCUCUCCGCAGAUCCGGUCUCAACGUUGUUCGCAUGAACUUCUCCCACGGUUCAUAUGAGUACCACCAGUCCGUUAUCGACCACGCCCGUGAGGCUGCUAGUGUCCAGACCGGUCGUCCUCUCGCGAUUGCUCUUGAUACCAAAGGACCCGAGAUCCGUACUGGAAACACCCCCGAUGACAAGGAUAUCCCUAUCAAGGAGGGCCACGAGCUCAACAUCACCACCGAUGAGAAGUACGCCACCGCUAGCGAUGACCAGAACAUGUACCUGGACUAUAAGAACAUCACCAAAGUGAUAGCUCCUGGAAAGCUGAUCUAUGUCGACGAUGGUAUCCUUUCGUUCCAGGUUCUGGAGGUUGUUGACGACAAGACCCUGCGCGUCAAGUGUCUUAACAAUGGCAACAUCUCCUCUCGCAAGGGUGUUAACUUGCCCGGCACUGAUGUUGACCUUCCUGCUCUCUCCGAGAAAGAUAUCAGCGAUCUUAAGUUCGGUGUCAAGAACGGCGUCGACAUGAUCUUUGCCUCUUUCAUUCGCCGUGGAAGCGACAUCCGCCACAUCCGUGAGGUGUUGGGUGAAGAGGGCAAAGAGAUCCAGAUCAUUGCCAAGAUUGAGAACCAGCAGGGUGUCAACAACUUCGAUGAGAUCCUCGAGGAGACUGACGGUGUCAUGGUUGCCCGUGGUGACUUGGGUAUCGAGAUCCCCGCCCCCAAGGUCUUCAUCGCCCAGAAGAUGAUGAUUGCCAAGUGUAACAUCAAGGGUAAGCCUGUCAUCUGUGCCACCCAGAUGCUCGAGUCCAUGACAUACAACCCCCGCCCCACCCGUGCCGAGGUGUCCGAUGUUGCCAACGCUGUUCUUGAUGGAGCCGACUGUGUCAUGCUGUCUGGUGAAACUGCCAAGGGCUCGUACCCUUGCGAGGCUGUUAAGAUGAUGAGUGAAACCUGUCUGCUCGCAGAGGUUGCCAUUCCCCACUUCAACGUUUUCGAUGAGUUGCGCAACCUUGCUCCUCGACCCACCGACACUGUGGAGUCCAUCGCCAUGGCUGCCGUUAGCGCCAGUCUUGAGCUUAAUGCCGGUGCCAUUGUUGUCCUGACCACCAGUGGUAACACCGCCCGUCUUCUUUCUAAGUAUCGCCCUGUCUGCCCCAUCUUGAUGGUGUCUCGUAACCCCAGGGCUACCAGGUACUCUCACCUCUACCGUGGUGUCUGGCCCUUCCUUUUCCCGGAGAAGAAGCCCGACUUCAAUGUCAAGAUCUGGCAAGAGGAUGUUGACCGCCGUCUCAAGUGGGGCAUCUCCCACGGUCUCAAGCUCGGUAUCAUCAACAAGGGCGACAACAUUGUCUGUGUCCAGGGUUGGCGUGGAGGCCAGGGUCACACCAACACUGUUCGUGUGGUCCCUGCUGAGGAGAACCUUGGUCUGUCCGAGUAAAUGCAGACAGGAAGUACCCCCCCCUUUGGUGCAUGACGUGGUAACGACAGCGAUUGGGUAAAUAAUCA